AUGCCCCCUGAGUGGGUUGCUUUUCACGCUCGACGUACCAACACAAAGUCAAGCACGCUCCGACCAGCAGCGUUUCCCUCGCUACCACUCGGCCAGCCACCUUCAGAGAUACCUCCGGUGGAAGUCCUUGAAAUAGACCCUGAGCUCAUCGAGGAGUCGCAUAGGUCUGGUUUAGAGGACAUCCACACGUCGAUCUCAAGUCCAGCACACACCGACAGCCCCGACACUCCAAGACGGGUUACUUCACCCCACGGCGAGACGUACAGCCAAGAAGAAGGUGGCGCAGUCCAAGAAGCCUACGACUCAGCAGCCUCAGCCAGCACCCUAACCGCCUCCGCCGCACCCCCAGCACAAAAGCGAAAGCCUCCGCGCCCCUCCUCCUCCUCCUCCACCACCACCACCUCAGUCCUCGCCGCCAAAGUAGCCAAACUCACCCUCAAAAAACACGCUCUAGAAUCCCAACUCCGCCAGCUCCACAACAAACUAAACCUCACCCCCGACCCCCCACGGGGCCCCUUCCUCCCCUCCCCACCCUCAUCGACCGAGCAACCCCCGCCGGAUCCCAAAGUGCUGAAACGCAAGGUAGAAGACCUCAGCAGCGAAAUCUGGCGCACAAGGCACCAAACUCGUCAUGUGGUCAAAGCGCGGAGACAGUUCUUCGCCGCAGAUCCAGUCGCCGUGGAGUCACCGGCUCCGAGCAUACCGUCGGCGUUUAAGGAGAGUAGGAGUGAGCAGGAUCAGAUGGCGGUGUUGACGUGUGCGCCUCCGCGGCCGGAGCGGGUUGUUGUUGAGAUUGAAGAGGUUGACGAUGGAGAUGGAGAUGGAGAUGGAGAUGAGGGUUUGCUCACUUGGGCCCCUCCGGAUGCAGGGGUGAGUGAGGGCGCAGAUUACUUUGGUUUCAGCGCCGAUGCACCGUAUUUCGAUAUGUGGUGGAGAAUGGAAAUGGGGGACGAGCCGUUGCCGUCGCCGCUGGAUCCUCUGCCGCUGCCGCUGGACUAG